AUGUUUCGCCACUCCACCGCUAGCGUGGCCAGAAGGCUCUUCAGCCAAUCAAGUUCCCGUUUUUCCGCUUACGUCAGCGCUCCUCGUAAGACUCUCGCAGACAUCUCGAAUCUAUACGAAUCCAAAUGUCCAAUUUCAGUGAUCACAGCUUGGGAUAGCAUACUGGGAAAAAUCGCCGAGAACGGAAACUUUGACAUCACUCUUGUUGGUGAUUCGCUCGCCAUGGUUGCAUUGGGCUACGAAGACACAAACGAAAUUGAUCUACAGGAGAUGUUGUACCAUGCUCGAGCCGUGGUUAGAGGUAACCAGACAUCCUUAAUUGUUGCAGAUGUUCCUUUCGGAACAUUUGAGCAGUCGCCUUCACAGGCGUUGGAAACGGCCAUAAGACUCGUGAAAGAAGGAAGAGUCCAGGCGGUAAAGAUCGAAGGAGGAGAGUCAGUGGCUCCCACCAUCGAGAAAAUCGUGCUGGCUGGCAUUCCUGUGAUGGGUCAUGUUGGGUUGACUCCACAGAAACAUAAUGCUUUCGGCGGCUAUAAACUACAGGGAAAUGAUGUGGAGACUGCUAAACAGUUGUUGAAAGACUGUAAGGCACUUGAGGCAGCAGGUGUUUUCUCGAUAGUUUUGGAGUGCAUUCCUAACAAAUUGGCAGAAUUGACAACAAAUAGAAUCAACAUUCCAACCAUUGGAAUAGGUGCGGGACCCCAAGUUUCGGGCCAAGUGUUGGUGAUGGCAGAUUUAUUGGGAAUGAAUGAUAAGAGACCCGCCAAGUUUGUCAAGAAGUAUAUGGACUUUUUCGGUGAUGCCACCAAGGCAGUCACGAAAUAUAGAGAAGAAGUCAAGAGUGGAGAGUUUCCAAAUGCGAACGAGCACGGCUACAAGAUGAAGUCGGAUGUGUUGAAGGAGGUUAGACAGUACAUCGAAGAACAGUGA